AUGACUACCAACCAUGCCAGGCGCUUCGCGCCACUUGCUCGUGCCAGUGCAUCCCAUGAGACGCAGGGCAACGGCGGCGAUGUGUUGCGAGGCGUUAUUUUCGACAUGGACGGAACUUUGUGCGAGCCUCAGAAUUACAUGUUUGGCCAAAUGCGGUCCGCACUGGGCAUCGACAAGGGCACCGAUAUUCUAGAUCAUGUUUACUCCCUCCCGGAACCUCAGCAGACUGAAGGCAUGGACAAGAUACGAGCGAUCGAACGAGAGGCCAUGUCCCUACAGAAGCCACAGCCAGGACUGGAUGAACUCAUGUCGUUCUUGGAUAGUAAGGCUAUCCUCAAGGCGAUCUGUACCAGGAACUUCGAUGCUCCCGUUAACCACCUCUUGACAACACACAUUCCUAGCCCCAUCAAGCAAUUCUCGCCCGUCAUCACGCGAGAAUUCCGACCUCCGAAACCCUCACCCGCUGGGCUUUUGCAUAUCGCGCACUCGUGGGGCAUCAUCUCGAGCGCAGACGUGCCCGAGACAGCACCAGAGCAAAGACCAUUGCCCCUGAUUAUGGUCGGUGAUAGCGUCGAUGACAUGGCGGCAGGCCGUGACGCGGGUGCUGUCACGGUGCUGCUGCGGAGCGAGGCCAAUGGACAUCUCGUAGAUGAUCAUCGCACGGAUGUUGUGGUCGACAGACUUGAUGACAUGAUAAGCUUAUUAGAGAAUGGGCUGACGGCAAAGAGAUAA